UUAAUCUCCAGCGCCUUUUGUUGUCUUCAGAACUGGGCAGCUGGUUUCACGAAAAAAAAACCUAAAUUAUUCAUCAACGUUGGUGUUGACCGUAAGAUUAUGGAAGCGGUCCGCGCAGGCGAAAUAAGACGAGUGUUUCGGUCUAAAUGUGAAAUCCAACUCAAAAUGCCAGCAAAUCAAGCGACUCUUAGCAAGCUAGAAGCCGUCUUAGCCCGACUGGAAUUAGUGGCAGAUAAACUUGGCCUAGUUGAGUGUUCGAUUAAAAAAGGAGGAACUGAAGCGGACAUACAGGCUUUAGUGGAGCGUCUCGAAAACGUGGCAGGAAAACUCGAACAGCUAAAAUCUGGAGCGAGCGGCGAAGGAUCUGGAAAGAUUGUUGAGUUCUACGAUGAGUUUCUCAAGGGGAAGAUACAGGUCUUUUUCAAAUUAUCAAAUGAAAUAGGAGGCGAUUUGCAGGCACAGGUGGAUCUAGCCAAAAACACUUUUCAAGCACUGAGGGAUUUUCUGAUGAAAGCUUCUCAAACAAAAAUACCUUCUAGAAAUGAACUUGCCUCCAUGGUUAAACCCAUUGCUCAGUGUAGAGAGGAAGUGGAGGCUUUCCGUGACCGUAACCGUUCCAGCAAGCAGUUCAAUCAUCUGUCAGCGGUCAGUGAGGGAAUGGAUGCACUGUUAUGGGUUGGAGCGCCCGGAAAGCCAGAUAUUUUUGUGAGGGACAGAAAAGAUGGAGCAGUUUUCUACACAAACCGAGUUUUGAAGGACUUCAAACAAAAUCCAUUGCACACUGAAUGGGCUCACAGUUUCAUCGGCGCUUUGAUUGAACUACAACAGUACUGCAAAGAGUUCCAUCCGAUGGGUGUCACGUGGGCGUCUUGACUGAGAGAAAGGAAAAUACAUAUACUUUUAAUGGCCGCCAGUUAAUCUAAGAGAGACUGGGUAAUGCACAAAAGAUAGAGGCUCACUGGCGACUAAAAACAGGAGGAUAAACCUCGAAUGAUAAAAAAUGAAUGAAAAAUAGCAAAAAAAUUUAAUGGUAUUUCUUGUUCUGUUUUGUUUUGCCUAAAAAAAAGAGUUUGUCGUUUAGCAAAUACGAAUAAGUGUACCUGCAACCACCGUGCCCAAUUCCCCGCUUCUCGUCUGGACAUAUAGAGCCGCUUAGACCAAAGAAGCAGUGGUCACAUCAAGGAACUUGGGUAGUUUUUCUUUUCUAGUCUGUGAAUUUUUGCGGUAAAAUUUUGAGACAACGGUAAGUCAGCCCAACUUGGAUUGGGCGGAGCUAGGAGCCUAUUUUAGGCGGAGUUGU